GACGCCAUAUUCAAUAUUCUAUUGGCUGAAGCGACGCCAGUGCGUCUUCGGUAUUUGUCGCUAUUGGUUGAGCGCUUUUUCUCGUUGAUCCAGGGCUUGGAAGCAGCAUCAACAGCCUCAGCCAUGAGCUCCGUCACUGUCAGUUCGGCUCCGGUGGUUACCGUCCGCGUCAGCAGCAGUUUGAACUCGUUCACUGCAGAGAAGAGGCUGGUCAGAGGGCUGACUCUGGCGGAAUUGAAGUGUAAACUAGAGCUGGUGGUCGGGUCUCCGGCCUCCUGUAUGGACUUAAAGUUAUACAGUGUCGACAAUGAGUUUAUCCAGAAUCUGGACCAGGAUGAUGCAUUACUAGGCUCUUACCCUGUGGAUGAUGGCUGCAGAAUUCAUGUAAUCGAUAAGAGUGGUGCUAAAGUUGGGGAAUUUGAAGAUGUGUCCAGAGUUGAGAAAUUUGAAAUUUCAAGUGAUGACUAUGACAAGCGAUCAGACUCUGUGCGUUCCUUCCUAAAGAAGAAUAAGAUGGGGAAGUUCAAUGAGGAGGAGACGGCUCAGAAAGCAGAAGAGCAGCAGCGUAAGCUGGAGGAGGAGAGGCUGGCAUCUGAAUCAAUUAAAGUAGGGUCUCGAUGUGAGGUGCGGGCAGUUGGACAGCCUAAUAAGCGGGGCACAGUUCUGUAUGUUGGUCUAACUGAUUUUAAACCUGGGCACUGGGUUGGUGUUAAAUAUGAUGAACCUUUGGGGAAGCAUGAUGGAAGAGUUGAAGGAAAGCGUUACUUCGAAUGUGCUCCAAAGUAUGGCGCUUUUGUCAAACCGCAGUUUGUGGUUGUUGGGGACUUUCCAGAAGAGGAUUAUGGUCUUGAUGAUGAAAUGUGAAAGCUUUGUGCGAUUUCCUACCUUGGUGCCUCCUUGAAAUUCGAUCUACAACCUUCAUCACUGCGUGUUUCAUUCAGUGUAUUUAAUAUUGUGAGGAAAGUAAUAUUUUUUAUUUGUAUGCACUCGGCAAUGAUCUCGUGCCCUUGCUUGGAUAACUCGAUGCUGCAGACCUGGGGACCCUGGCGAUAAUCAAUUUAUGUCACCGAUGAUAAAGAGGCGAUUUCAAGGAACAAAUCAGACUUUUGCUUAAAUGGCUGUAUCCAUACAGACUUGAGUAGAAUUUAAAGCAUGUGUGAUCAUAACAUAUUAAACUAGCUUCUUGUACAUUUC